AAAAUAUAUAUUUUAAUUAUCAAAGAAGUUAGAAUAGAUGUCCAAUUACACUAGAAAGGGAGACUUUGUUUAAAGCAAGCUUUUGUGUGUGUAAGAAGGAAUCAUUACUACAAUCAUAAAUGCUACACAAAGGAGAAAGGAAGUCUUUUGAUAAUAUAUACACAUGUAUAUAAAUAUUCUUUAAAACUAAUUUUAUAUCGUCAUGGGAAAGAAAGAAAGAAAAAGAGAGAGAAAAUAAAGAAAGCUCGCCUACAACUUCUUCUUCCUCCUCUUCUUCUUUUUUACUUGUUCACCCUCUUCUUUCUCCUUCUUCUUCUUUCUCCUAGUCUUUAUAUAUAUUAUUGUACUCAUUUAAACCCGAAAAUGACGGGUCAAUUGUGCAUCGAUGCAAUUACACAAGGAAUUGUCAAAGUUGGAUUCAGAGUGAUUCUCCAUGUGUUCUUUCGCGAAAUUAAGACCAGUGGUGUAGAUCAAGUACCUGCCAAUGGGCCAUGCAUCUUCAUUGUCGGACCUCAUUCCAACCAAUUUGUUGACGGUAUGGUAUUCUACAGCUACACUGUUCGUAGAACCUACUCUGUAAUGGCUGCUGUUUCCUAUAAAAAGCCUGUUAUUGGACACAUAGGGCAAGUACUUCGAGCAAUUCCUGUGGUUAGACCUCAGGAUAUCAUGAAGAGUGGAACUGGACAUGUACUCUAUGAUCCAAUGGAUCCUUACCGAGUCAGAGGUGUUGGUACUAUGUUUACGCAGGAGCUGAUGCCCCGUGAUACUGUUGUGUUUGUUGGAUGCAAGUUACAGGUGAUAAAGGUUGUGUCGGACACCGAGAUGGAAAUUGCGUACACACUCGACACCAGGGAAGAUGCCUUGGCAGGGUGCAAGUCUAAUGUUCCCUGUGUAUUCAAAAUUGCACCGCAUGUGGAUCAGACACCAGUGUAUGAAGAAGUCCACAAUUACCUAGACAACAACCAAUGCAUAGUCAUAUUUCCUGAAGGCGGUAGUCAUGAUCGUACUGAAAUGUUACCAUUAAAAGCUGGUUUUGCUGUAAUGGCAUUAGGAGCUGUGGCUGAGAACCCUUCGCUUGAUCUCAAGAUUAUCCCGGUUGGUUUGAACUACUUUCAUCCCGACCAGUUCCGAUCCAGGGCUGUUGUUUCUUAUGGCCAGCCGAUUUCUGUCAGUCAUGAAGAUGCAGAGAUGUUUAAACGGGGUGGAAGGGAUAAACAUGAGGCUGUAAUGCGUCUAUUGGAUCAAAGCGACGAAGCCUUCAAGGGAGUAACAAUCAGUGCUCCCGACGACGACACACUUUGUAUUAUUAGAGCUGCAUGCCGUCUACGUGAAUCUGACCACCAUACUCCACUCUCUAUCGAGCAAAUCGUUCAGCACAACCGCGAUUUUGCAAAGGGAUGGAACCAGCUAAGAAGCGACCCCCAACUUCAAGCAUUGUCACGGAGAGUAAAGCUAUACAACGAAACCCUCUCCUUUUUUGAUAUAAAAGACCAUCAAGUUGAAAAGCUUAAUAUACCUCAAAUGACAGCAGCUAGACUACUUGUCCAACGACUGACAAAACUCCUUGUGGUUUCUGGUGUGUGUGCGCCUGCAUAUAUUGCCAAUCUACCACUAAUGUGGAUCACUCAGUAUAUCAGCAAAAUGAAGCAAAGAGAGGCCUUGGCUGGAUCCAUGGUAAAAGUGGCUGCAAAGGAUGUCUUGGCUACCUGGAAGGUACUGGUAGCAGCAUUCGCGGUCCCGUCCCUUUAUCUUCUGUAUGCUGGAAUCUACGUUUUUUAUUUUGCAAAGAAUAGAAUUUUCUUGUCACCAAAAGCAAAGAUCCUCAAAAUUUCCAAUCUGUUUGCCUUACAACUCAUACUCCAGUACGGGUUCUUGCGCCUUGGUGAUGCCGGCCGUGAUCUAUACAAAUCAACAAAACCACUAUUUUUGGCACUUCGUAACCCAAAAGCAGGAGAAAUCCUUCAGUCUAUGCGAUCAAAUCUAGCAAAAGAUAUCACUACGUUUGUUAGCCAGCACACAAAUAUAUUCCCUACCUUUGACGAAAAUAUUGAAAAUAUUAACGAAUCACCUAUAACCAGAGAGACAUCUCCAACAUUAUCCAUAGUAACCACUACCUCUGCUGACUCGCAAGGAUUAUGCGAUACUCCAAAUCCAGAUAAAUUUGAUCUUGAUAUGUACAAAGAGCAAAAACCAGAGUCUAGUUUUCCCAUUAAGAAUGAAACAGAACAUAGUAUAUAAAUAUAGUAGAAGGAUCAAGAAGUGCAUGUUUGUCUGUGUGUUUGUGUACAAAAGUCUUGGUUCAAAGAAGAAAACGUGUUUUACUGUUAAAAGAAAUAUUCAUAUAUUAUUUCCAAAG